AUGUUGCGAGGUCUGGUGCGAAUCUUGGUGCUUCCUUCGCCUCCUGUGCGCUGCAAAUCCACUGCCAAUCUGGACUACUCCCGCUUUCCUACGCUUAACGAAUCCGAGAUCGAAGAAACCUUCAUGCGCGGCAGUGGCCCAGGUGGCCAGGCGGUGAACAAGACUUCGAAUUGCGUUUUCCUUCGCCAUCUGCCCACCAAUAUUACCAUUAAAUGUCACACACACCGACUAGCAUCCAAAAACCGCGUUGAGGCGCGAAAACUUCUACUGGAGAAACUUGAUGUUCAUUUAAAUGGAGAGCAUUCGAUAGCGUCGCAGAUCAAAGCCCAAGAGCAGAGAAAGUCCACAGAGCGACGACGCCGGCAGGGAAAACUGCAGGAGAUGAAGAAAACCUGGCAGGAUAGAGAACGCACAGAGCGAGGAAACGAGCCCAAUGAAAAAUAGCUACUAUUAAAACUUUUUUAAUUACAUACAAUUUCUUAAAGUAUUUCUAAAAAUCACUACCAACUGGAGAAAUUUCCAAAACCA